AUGGAUUUAGACACUUUAAUAGCAUGUAUCCAGCGAAACUAUUACCUACUUCUAAGUGCUAUGAUCGCAGCUAUCUGCAUGAUUGCCAGUUGGUUGUAUCUAUUAAGGCAGAACUAUAAAAAUAACGAAAUUGAAAAGACUGAUGAAGAUACGCCAAAGUUUUCGGAAGAAGAUAAACAAGUGGAUUGUAUACUAAAAAAUGAAAUCGAUAAAGUAAAGAUUGCCGAAGAUAUGUACCAGCGCAUACAGCGCAAAGUUAAAUCGACUAGGUUGCAAACAGCGGACAUCGAAAAGGAAAUGACUGAAGAUGAGCGACUUGAGGAGCGAACGGUGAAGCAAAAACAAUUACAAGACAUAUUCCAGUUAAUGAAUGAAAAGAAAGAAGUAUUUGGAAUUCAAUCACUGGAAGAUAUGAAAUCACAAAUGAGUUUGUAUGAAGGCAAUAUCUGA